CUGGCAACCACAUAACACCAUGUGGUUCCCUGUUAUCCUUUUAAUAGCCGGCGUGGCCGUGGUCACAGGCACGGUUGACCACGAGCAUGCUUGGGAAAAGGAAAACGAGUAUGAAUACCAUGUACAUAGUCGAACAGUGGUAGGCCUUGACAAGUUGAAACGACAAUAUACUGGACUUCAAAUUGAGGCUAAACUCAUCGUUCAAGUAAAAUCGCCACAGAAAUUGCAAGUGAAGCUGUCCGAUGUACGGUAUACUCGUCUACACACCACAUUAGUGGACGGCCCGGAUACCAACCUUCCUGAACAUAUGCUGGACUAUCGGGUGAUUCCCAUGUUAGAAAAGCCAUUUGAGGUCACAAUGAAGCACGGAGUGAUACGGGACUUAUUAGUCGACCGUGAUAUUCCUACUUGGCAACUGAAUCUCCUCAAGAGUAUCAUGAGCCAGCUGCAAAUUGACACGCAGGGCGAAAACGCGGUAGAAAUCAUGAGCGCUCAAAUUCCAGACGAUGAAAAUUCUCCCGUUAUAUUUACAGCCAUAGAAGAUUCCGUCAGUGGCAAGUGCGAAGUACUAUACGAGAUCUUACCGUUGCACCCAGAUGUUCACCGAGUGAUGCCAGACAAGAUACUUAUUCCGGACUUACUCGGUAAGGGCUAUCAUUACGAGGUUAAAAAAAUUAAGAAUUACGAGAAAUGCCUUGAGCGACAAAUUUAUCAUCACGGUCUAGAAGAUCCAUGGCUCCGUAAACGGAAAAAAUUAUAUAAACGGGAUAAAUUUAUUUCGGAAUUAUCUACGACUCAAAUGCUUAUCUCGGGCAAUCUGAAAAGAUUUACUAUUCAAUCUGUCGUAACGAAGAGUCAUGUAUCCGUUAGGCCUGAUAAAAUUGAUCCUUUCCUUGGUAACGUUCAUAGCAUAUUGAAAUUGAUUUUAAAGAGAAGGGACAAAAUAUCCAGCCCAAUGUUUGAUUCGCUCGAAUCAAUCAACCUCGAGUCGACUGGAAACCUAAUGUACACGUAUAAUAAUCCAUUUUCUGAUUCUGAGAACCCAAUAUUACCAAGCAUCGGUAUGAAUUCCGAGCAAAUGCAGUCAUCAGAGAGAACCAGUUCUUCUGAAAAAAUGUGGGACGACCAUAUCAGCUCCUUUAGUAGCUCCAGCGAUGAGGGUUCACCUAAAAGAAUGGCAAUGCGCAUGGAUCUGAAAAAUCCGGUGUUACCCUACAUGGCCCCCAUAAAAGUGGAACAAAUGAAGGACUUAAUUAAUGAAAUAGCUGUUGCAAUACAUUAUUCUAAUGAUACGCGUCUAAGAGCAGUGGAGCAUAUAGUGUGUUUAAAAAACUCCCUGCGCAUCAUGAGCCUCAAGCAGAUUGCUGAAUUAAAAGAACAAUUACGUAAUCUCGUAAUUAACAAUAAAGAUUACGAGAAUACUGUCUGGAGCAUCUUCCGGGAUGGUCUUGUACAAACCGGAACAGAACCCGCUUUAUUGACUAUCCACAAUUUGUUAAAAACGAAAAAAAUUGAAGGCCUAGUGGCAGCAAAAGUUAUGUCUCAAAUUUCCAAGUAUGUUUACAAACCAACAAAAGAAUAUGUCAAAGCAUUCUAUGAAAUGAUAACCGAUCCAUCAGUAAUGUAUCAGACAGCCGUAAAUGUAACCGCACCAUUAGCAUUUGCUGAAGUAAUACGUAAAAGUUAUAGCGAUACUUACCAUCCGACACGCAGUUUAAAGCGUUUAGGCCCUAUGACUCUCAGAGAUAUUGUACCAAUAUACGUCGAGAUAUCCGAAAUUUAUAUUCCCUUUAUGGCUGACCAACUGAAAAAAGGCCUUCUCGAUAAUGACUAUGCAAAAGUUCAAGUAUAUAUCGUGGCACUUGGUUUGACCGGCCAUUCGAAGAUUCUCUCGAUCUUUGAGCCGUACAUAGAAGGCAAGGAGCCGGUGUCGAAGUUUCACCGUUUGCUCAUGGUAUCUUCCCUGUCCACCUUAAGCAUAUUGAAACCGGAAUUAAUUGGACCAAUUUUUUAUAAGAUCUACUCGAACGUAAAAGAAGAUCAUAGAAUACGUUGUAUGUCUAUACAUCGAUAUAUUAUAACCAACCCACCUUUGAUUAUGUUGGAACGCAUAGCGAAGUUUACUAAUGACGAUUUGGAUGAAGACGUAAACUCUGUUGUAAAAAGUACAAUAAACAGUCUCGCUAAUACGAAGCGACCGGAAUUGGAAGAUCUCUCUAAUAAGGCACGCAGUGUCAAGCAUCUAUUGAAUCCGAAAGAGUUUAGUAAACUGAAAUCGCAAGGCUACUACAAGGACUUGGAUUACUGGUUUAUUAAGGGACUUAGUGUGCAAACUAUUGGUGACAAUAGAAUAUUGCCCUCAUAUUUGAGUGUUGGUGUGAAUAGUGCUUUCGAUUUCUUUGGAUUACCUACUUUGAAAGCAGGAUACAUUGUAUCGAAUGUCAAGGAGCUUUUUUACAACUCAAAGUACGAAGAAACAAGUAAUAAAUUGUUGAAAGAAUCACACAUUGAGAAGCUUAUGCAAGAACUUUAUUUCAAGUCUGAAGAGCUGGAGAAAUUGGAAGGAAAUGUCUUUAUUGACACAGUACACAAUCUUCUGAUCUAUCCCUUUGACAGAGAAGCUCUUAAAAAAAUGUCUUCCCAGUUGAAGGAUUUCUUCAAGAAGGACCAAGAAUUGGAUUUACUUUCCGUCGAUAAUCACGAAAUUAUGUUAAGCUUCCCAAUUGAAAGUGGCCUGCCGUUCCUUUAUACUUUGGACUCGCCAAUGAUUUUAAAACUUAAAGCUGAAAUGAGAAAUAACAAACUUUUGAAUUUAAAAAAAAUUGGCAAUUUGAAUGUGUAUGUUGCCAAUAAGGUUCAGAAGCGGUUUGGCUUUAUAGCACCUUACGACUCUCAUAAUUACAUUGCUGGUGUUCAUGUCAAUCGAAUAUUGGAUUUACCAUUAGAAUAUGAAGUCGAACUCGAUUCGACCCAACAAAAGCUUGAUAUUAGUACGUUAAAGAUUGGCCUAAAAACUCAAACUUCUCCAAUCAAUGUAUUGCAUCUCAGCACCAUUCCCUUCACCACGCAAAAAGACCUUCAUGAACUUGAAUGUGUAUUUUCUAGUAGAAACACGCAUGUUAUACUAACAGAAAGAAAACAUAAAAUCAUAUUAGAGAAAGACUUAAUUUCUCUCCAAGUAGAAAGUGAUAGCAAAGAAAUAGAAGAAAAUCUAGAAGAAAAUGACAUUUUAUCGCUCUUGUUAAAAUUACAAGAGAUACCUGACGGCCACUAUAAACAAUUGGAUGUAAUAAUGAAUCAUGAACAGUUAGCAAAGAGUGUAUUAGACAUGAACAUUAUUCAUGAGAAAAUUGCAAUUGAUAAUGCCGUACAAUUAUAUGAUCCAGAAUCACAAAUUAUGUUUCCUUUAAAACACGUAAAGCUAAACAGUGAAAAAAGACGAAAGGAAGUUGCGACGGGCUUAAGCAAAGACCUCAGGUCGGGUGAUGUCCAUAUAUUGGAUAUAAAUUUAAACUUACCGGAGUUAGAAAAGCAACAAGUUUUCACCGUUGGUUGGAUGGACAGCAACAUAGACAAGAAGUCUAAGGUUUAUUUAUAUUGGAAUUCUCAAAUGUUGAGGAUGGAAAAACCAACAUCUGAAGUUUGCUAUACGCAUGAAAUACAAUAUUCACCAGAUACUCCUUUAAAUUUCGAACAUAUGAAGAAACACGCGCCGAAGGAUAAGGUCAGAGCUGAACUGCAAUAUGGAGAGAGUUGCAGCAGAGGAAACAAAAUUGUUGUCGAAGCGAGUAUGUCGCGAAGCGACCGAAUAAAGGAUUUGUUAGAGUCCUCCAAAGUAGUUAAACAAUGUUGGAAAGAAAUGGAGGAGGGACAUAAUGCACUGCAUGCUUGCCAGCAGGCCACUGAACUUGCCCAAAUGAAGAAUCAGUUGGACGUUUCGUAUAAAGGUCCAAUAAGGGACAUUAUUAAAAAAAUUAUUAAAAAGAUUUCCGACUUUAUUUCGCAUCUCUUCCCUCACUCACGAAUUAAACUAACAGACUCGGAAGACUCUGAUGAAAAAGGCUUCGAUAUAAAAAUGACUUUGUCACCCUCGGAAAUAGAUCCGUCGGUUUCCUUAGAUUCACCGCAAGCAGAUGUUACUUUCCCUAACAUGGAGCAAACAGAUUCCGAAAUGCAAGAGCUAUUAAAAGAAAAUAUCAUACACCGAAGAAAAGAAAGAAGAGCUUCGUGUACUUUUGAUAAAGACAUGCUCCUUACUUUUGAUAAGCUGCUUUAUCCUGUGAAACUGGGGACUUGUAAACAUGUACUAAUGACCACUUAUCCACAAAAGAAUACUCAAUAUAAGGAAUCAAACGUAGAUUUUGUUGCCUUAAUUAGAAAUCAUAGCGAUGGUGCCAAGAUGAUUGCUAUAAUGGUGGACGACCACCUAUUUGAAAUGGAUAAAAUAGGUGAUAAUACUACAAUUCUAAUCGACGGCGUUCCCAUUAAAUUAUCACAUAAAGGUUAUCAACUAAGAGAAGAUAGUGGAAAAGUUUUGGAAAUCCAUAAGCUACCCGACGGUUCGAUCGAAGUGGAUUCGGGCAAAUCUGAUUUCAGAAUACUAUUCGACGGAGAACGUAUUCAACUAUUUGUAUCCGAUAUAUACCGCAAUGCUGUACGCGGUCUUUGUGGCAACUACGACUCCGAUCCCAGCACCGAUUUCCUCACUCCUCAGAACUGUCUCAUGAAGAUGCCCGAAGUAUUCACCGCUACGUAUGCCUUGACUGAGGAUUGCCUUCAGGAAGACAUUCUGGAGAACAAACGAAAAGCUAAACUCACUCAGUGCCGUGAGUUGCCAAUGUCUCGUCCGAACAACGUUAUUAACGAUAUAGAAGCGGGAAGAUUGCCGACACAUAGUGAACGUUGGGGCUAUCAUAACGAUAAUCUCAAGAGAAAAUAUAACUUCGAUUACGAUAGUAAAAAAUCCAGUUCCGAGAGAAAGGAUUUACCAGACAAUAGUAAUCUUAUCUAUCGCACAAAAGUUGUUCUAGAGGACGAAGAGAUCUGUUUCACGAUCAAACCUGUACCAAUGUGCCGACAUGGUACCAAGUCUCGUGAAAAAAAGAUGAAGGAAUUUGGCCUUUAUUGCCAACCAAGGAACGAGGAAUCUUUAUUAAUAAAACGCAGGAUCGAGCAAGGCGCUAAUCCAGAUUUUACCCGAAAGCCUUUGAGUAGAUCGCAUACUUUCCAAGUUCCUAUCGUUUGCAACCAUCAUAUCAUGUGGCUGUAUCUGGCUUUUCUCUUAAUCUUUGGAGCGGCCAUAGCCGAUCACAAUCAUGCAUGGGAAACCGGAAACGAAUAUCAUUAUCUUAUAAAAAGUCGGACAUUGACGGGCUUAAAUGGGCUAGAGGAGCAGUAUUCCGGAAUUUAUAUGAGAGGUAAACUCACCAUUCAAGUGAAAUCAUCGGAUACGCUGCAGGCUGUGGUGUCCGAGAUGCAGCAUGCUUCUGUGAAUGAAAUAUUGUUGGAUAUUUCGGUUGAAAGCACCAAGCUUGAGUUUCGCAAGCUUUCUUUAUCGGGAAAGCCCUUCGAAAUCAAGCUUAAACGGGGAGUAAUCCGAGAUAUGUUAAUUGAUCAGAGUGUGCCUACUUGGGAGGUGAAUUUGCUGAAAAGUAUUGUGAGUCAACUGCAGAUUGACACAGAGGGUGAGAAUGCAAUAGCAAGUAGAAGCACUAUGGUGCCCAACGACAAUCAGUCUUUUAGUGAAUUUAAAGUCAUGGAGGAUUCCGUUGGCGGCAAAUGCGAGGUCCUUUACAAUAUUUCGUCAGUGAUGGGAGAUAGUUUGUCAAUAUCUUUGCCACAUCUCCACAAAGAUGGUCAACAUUUCGUUGUUGCGAAAACAAAAAAUUACUCCAGAUGCGAACAGCGAGUAGCUUAUCAUUCUGGUAUCAUCGGUAAAAUGAAUUGGAAACCAGGAUCUACCGAUGGAUUUCUUUCGAGAUCAUCUUCGAAUUAUAUUAUCAUCUCCGGUAAUCUGAAACGUUUUACUAUUCAAUCUUCCACGAUGACAAACCAGAUGUUAAUCAACUCUCAUAAUAAAUAUAAAUUUGACAAUACAUACUCUGCCAUUGUUUACAGUGGUAUGAAUUUAACUUUGGAUAGAAUAAAUCAGAUCUCCAACCCUAUGCAUGUAUCCAACAAUCUCGUGCCGACCGGAAAUUUAGUGUACACUUACAACAAUCCGUUCUCUAGCCAACGCAAACCGCGUCGUCCGAGUGUCAGUCAAAGUUCUUUGGCGGCUCAAUCAUCCGAGAACCAUAAUUCUAACAGUUCUAGCCAGGAAAACCAUAGCGACGAUGAUAACUUCAAGAGUGAGGAACACGAUUACUUUCAACCUAAACCGAAAUUGGAUGAAGCUCCGGAGAGUCCAUUAUUACCCUAUUUUAUUGGAUACAAUGGCAUGAGCAUUUUAAAUUCCGGAGAGAAUUAUACUCUUAUAGCGAAACGCCUGAUCGCUCUAACGUUCAGAUUUGACCAUUUUGGAACUGAACACAACGUAAACGACCGAUACAUCGAAGCUUUAGAACGAUUCACAAUUCUGGUUAAAUUGAUUCGCACCAUGAAUGUUGAACAGAUCGCUGAGAUAGCUAACGAAGUGCCCAAACUGUAUGGAGCUAUCAACACGCUUAGUGAAAGCGAUUUUGAUUUAUCACAACAAAAUGUAUGGAGUGCUUUUAGCUGCGCCGUUGCAAAUGCCGGAACUGGUCCCGCUCUCAUCACCAUAAAAAACUGGAUAAAGUCUGGAAAACUCAAGGGCAUACAAGCGGCACAGAUUAUUUCGAAAAUUCCUAAAUCCGUGCUCACACCUACAACGGAAUAUGUCGCAGCGUUUUUCGAAAUGAUUACCGAUGAAAAGGUGACAAAACAGAGAUUUUUGAAUACAACUGCACCUUUGUUAUUCGCCGAAUUGGCCCGUUACACUCAAAGCAACAAAUUAUCUAUUUACUAUCCGGUCUACAGUUUCGGCCGUAUGGUUCCUAAACAUGACAAUGAACUUCUUGAAACUUAUAUUCCGUAUAUGGCUACCCAAUUAAGAAAAGCCAUUGAGGAAGGCGACAGUCAUCGAAUUCAAACGUACAUUAUGGCAUUGGGUAAUUUCGGUCAUCCGAAAAUACUUUCUGUUUUUGAGCCAUACCUAGAAGGCACAAUUCCGAUAACGAAAUUCCAACGUUUGAUGAUGGUCAUCUCAUUAAGCAAACUAACCGAAAGCUAUCCGAGAGUUGUCAGAUCCGUUGCCUUGAAGAUUUACUUGAAUUUAAAGGAGGCCUACGAAUUACGUUGUGUAGCUGUUCACAUCAUAAUUAAAACCAAUCCAUCCCUAAUUAUAUUGCAGCGAAUGGCGGAAUUUACUAAUCAGGAUCAGGAUCAGCACGUAAAUUCUGUCGUCAAGACCAGUAUAGAGUCCCUCAUUAAUUUAGAACAAUCAGAAUGGAAAGAUCUCGCUGAAAAGGCGCGUAUCGCUAGCAAGCUAUUGAAUCCUAACAUUAGCGAUGAUAACUACUCUCGAAGCUUUUUCACGCAAACGAAAAUCGCCUCCUUAAACAUUGCUCAAACAGGCAUGUUUCAGAUAAUUGGUAGCGACGACACUAAUACACCUAAAGGUGCAUAUAUUGAUAUACUUCAAUCUUACGGUGGAUUAAAUCUACCCCUGACAAAAAUGGCAUAUACAGUAUCAAGUAUCGAAGACUUGAAACAGAAGUGGUUAGAUGUAUUGCUAGGUGAUCGGCCCUGGAUGCCUCAAGAUAAAACCAGGGAGGAAUGGAUGAUUGAAACGAUAAUUGAAAAGCUUGGUAUUGAGCCCGAAAAUGCAGAACAGCUCGAAGGAAAUUUCUUUGUGGACUCUGCAUUUUCUUCAGGAUUCUAUCCCUUUGACAAUCAUACGCUUGAAGAAUUUAUCAAUAUAUUGAAAAUGUAUCGUAAAUCGAUAUCGCGGACAAGAUUAUUCGUUUCUGAAUACCAAAACAAAAAUGAUGUAAACCAUUACGACAUAACGUUAGGAUUCCCGACUGAAACCGGUCUGCCGUUCAUCUAUACCUUAGCAGUACCGAAAAUAACGUCCAUUAACAGAGGAGGAUCUAUUAAAAUUAAAGCCACACAAAAUGAUAGCUUUGUAGAACUGGCAGGAACAGGUUAUAUAGUAUCAAGUGAAAAGAUCCAAAGUAGAAUUGGUUUCGUAACACCUUUCGAGCACAGACACUACAUUGCUGGUGUUGAUAUCAAUACGCAUAUCGCCAUACCAGUUGGUUUAAAUUUCACAACGAGAUGUAACAGUACAUUUCAGCUGAAGCUACAACCUCAUAAUAAUCCUCAUAGCAGGAUGACAAUCACUCGAUUAGCGAUUCACCACAGUGUGGUUCCUUAUACCUCAAGACAGGACAUUCUGCAACUUUUAGAGUUCAGCAAUGAAACACGUCUAGUAUACACGAAGGAACCGAAUGAAAUUCAGAUUUCGCUAGGUAACCUGACACUCUCCGCAAGAAGUGAUGUUAUUGACAGCGAUAUGUCGCAGAAGAAGGGACUUGAAGGCCUUAUUAACCUUUCUGCUAUAUUUUAUUUAAAUCUUGGUGCCCAUUACAGGAGAUUCGACGCAACCUUAUAUCCUGUAGAAGCACAAAUAAAUCUAACUCGUUAUGUCCAGAGGACCAAUAGAAGUUCGGAAGCAACAAUUCCUGCAAUAAUUGACAAACGGCCAAACAGCAGGGAAAGAGGCGCACAAUUUUUAGAUGAACUCACAAUUACCAAAGAUAAUAGAUCUGACAAUUCUGUCACUACAUCUACAAUGUAUGACAUAAGUGUUUUAGCUAAUAAUAAUUAUUACGUUUUGACUUUCGUUUUGGGAGAGAGCCGCGACAAAUUACAGACCCUUUCCUAUGAGAAUGUCCAAUCGCUAGAUGGAGAAGUCUUCUGGGAGUUUUGUAGUGUUAAUAGCAUUGUUGGAUUAUCACAGUACAAUCAUCUAAAUGUUGAGAAAGCAAUCGAAAAGAUUCCGAAUUACGAAUUUAACGCUGAGAUGCGACAUGGUAGUUGUGCAAAUGGAGAGACGAUUAAACUCAAAGGAAAUUUGAGUCGCACUGAUGAUGUUUUAAAGAAGGCAAUGAAAUCCGAGAUAGUCGAGGAGUGUCGACAACAAAUGAAACAAGGCAAUAUUUGGCUACCAACUUGUCAAAAGGCCAACGAAUUAAUCCAACAGAGGGAUCUUCUGAUCAUGUCACUGGAAACGAAUUCGAAUAAUUUAUAUUCUCUUGCCAACAGAAUGAUCUUGAUGAUCAAGAUGAUGAUUUCCGAUAAUAAUAUGAAAAGACCUAGCAUGGAAGGCUUUAAUAAAUACAUGGAUGUAGAAAUAAAAAUUCCAUUUGAUAAUAAUGAUGUGAACAUUUCUUUGAACACUUUGCGAGCGGAUGUUUCGUUCUCUCUGUCGCAACUUGUCGAAGAUCCUAAUGUUAUCUCUCCCAAUUAUACACUAAAUAAGCUUUUUAAGGAAGACCUGGAAGGAGAUAUGUGCGUUCUCGACAAAACCCAAGUUGUAACUUUUGACAAUAAGAUCUAUCCCUUGACAUUGGGAGAAUGUUGGCACGUAAUGAUGGCGCCUUAUCCAAAGCGGGAUCCCAAUAAUCCCGAAAAAAUUUUAGAUUUUCCGUAUGAUGUAAGGGCAAUUGUCAUGGCCCGAGAAAUGGACGACGGCAGUAAACAGGUAUGGAUAAUCUUGGGUCAUGAAGAAAUUCAUUUGCGAAAAUUGGACGAUCGUCUCCAAGUUUCUAUCGUUGGUGGUGAUGAUUAUGAUUCUCAUUUCUCGAGUCAUAAGAACUACGAACAAACUGACUUAUACGAAAUUUAUCAAGAGGAUGGAUUAAUUAUAAUGCAUUCGCUGCAAUAUAAUAUCCACGUCGUAUAUGAUGGAGAACGUAUCCUACUUUAUGUACACGAUAAAUAUCUCUAUACUGUACGUGGUCUCUGCGGUAAUUACGACAUGCGAUCCAACAACGAUUUCGUUACCCCUAAGAAUUGCAUCCUGACGAAGCCCGAAGAAUUCGCCGCGACAUAUGCCCUGACUUAUCAGGAAGACUGCAAAGGACCCGCUUUGCAGAACAAACUAAAAGCCGAACAAUCCACAUGUAUUUCGAGAUCGUAUAUUCCGGGUGACGUCAUCAGUGAAAGAGAAAAGGGAAGAUGGAGCUAUCAUUAAAAUAAUCGAUAUGUUUAAGGAAAGCACAGCAAUAAUCGAAUAGUUUUUUUUAUCAGAGCUGAUAAGAGCUGUAAACCUACGGAAUAAAAAUGAGAAGUCAAAAAUAUCUGGCAUAAUAAAAACGUUUUUAUCCAAUUCAAGCGCAGAAUUAAGCAAAGAUUAGAACCGAAGAGUCGGAAACUUUCAAUGUUCUUAUAUUACUAGCUUUUUUAUUGAGUGAAUACAAAAUCUCGUGCCCGAU